CGUCAACGCCUGUGUGGACGUGGUUCUCUCUGGCGUGAAGUUGUUUGAGGCGCUCGGCCUUGAACCAGGGGACGGAAAAAAUCAUGCCGUCUUGAACUCCGGGCAGGACCUGAAAGAAGCGUUUGCUCACUUCAUGGAAAAAGGCGCAGCCGCCGAGCGCUUCUUCAGCGAUGCCGAGUCUUUCCAUCACAUUGCGCGGACAGCCUCCGAGUACCCAGGUGCACAGCUUUACGUAGGAGGAAAUGCUGCUCUCAUUGGUCAGAAGCUUGCAACAAAUCCAGACCUGAAGGUCCUCCUUUGUGGCCCAGUUGGCCCUAAACUCCACGAACUACUUGACGACAAUGUGGUUGUGCCACCUGAAUCCAUGCAGGAAAGAGAUGAAUUCCAUCUUAUCUUGGAGUAUCAAGCAGGCGAAGAGUGGGGACAAGUGAAAGCGCCCAGUGCCAACCGCUUCAUCUUCUCCCACGACCUAUCGAACGGCGCCUUAAACAUGCUCGAAGUGUUUGUGUCCAGCUUGGAUGAAUUUCAGCCAGAUCUGGUGGUUCUUUCAGGCCUUCACAUGAUGGAAGGCCAGAGCAAGGAGAUGCGGCAGAGGCGACUUAUGGAAGCCGUGGCCUCUAUCUCCGAUAUCCCUACCGACAUUCCCAUACACCUGGAGUUGGCCAGUAUGACUGAUCAGGAUUUUAUGAGCAACAUUAUACAUCAGGUCUUUCCCCUGGUGAACUCCAUUGGGCUGAACGAGCAGGAGCUGCUGUUCCUCACGCAGUCUGCCUCUGGUCCCCAUGCCUCCCUCGCCUCCUGGAGCGGAGUUCCCGAUGUGGGCGUAGUGAGCGACAUCCUCUUCUGGAUCCUAAAGGAGCACGGGAAGACGGCAGAGCGGGCCUCCGACCUCACACGCAUCCAUUUCCACACCCUGGCCUACCACAUCCUUGUCACGGUGGACGGCUACUGGGGCAACCAGGUUGCAGCUGUGGCUGCCGGAGCUCGAGCAGCGGGGACUCAGGCCUGUGCCACCGAAACCAUCGACACCAGCAAAGUCUUCCUUAAAGCCCCUCUGGAGUUUGUGACCUCUCAGAUCGAGGCGCCUUCCAAAAUCUCUUUGAAUCCGGACGAGCCGGUGGCGUGUUGGCAAAGAGAAGGCGUCUCGUUCCAUUUCACUCCCGUCUUGGUGUGUAAAGAUCCCGUCCGGACCGUGGGACUCGGGGACGCGAUCUCAGCUGAAGGACUGCUCUAUUCAGAAGUACAUCCUCAAUAG